UUGGAUCACAUGACCGGAGUUCGCUGCCUUUCUGAGACUGGGAAAAGACUCCGAUUGACAAGUUUGCGACGCUUGCCGUAAGGCGAAAUUGCCUGGUGACAUUUCCGUGUUAUGGGAGCAGAAGCAUAGAGCGAGUUUUGCUACUGAGUGAGAGUUCUUGUUAUUCCGAUAUUGUGUGAAUAAGGAGUGUGAGUGAGGUCACGGAGACGUUUUUGGGGACUGGGCGAGUGAAUGGAGGUGAGUUAGGGAGCAGGAAGCUGAUGUGGUCGGGGAGAAAUGAAUCCUGAAGAAACGAAUAAACCUUGUUAGUGAAUGCAGUAAUAGGGGACCGAGGAGGGGAGUAGUUCCUAGAGGUGGGUGAGUGGGCUCAGGGAUCUAAGGGUUGUACUAUAAUAACAUAACUCAGGGGUGAGUGAUAAUAAACUACAGACUCAGGAAAGGCUGUUUAUAGUCACUUGGUAGUUCACAGAAGCCUAUAAUAUUUGUGUUGUGUGAUAGUUAUUUUCGGACAGGGUGGAUUUAAGUGUCUUUGAAGAUGUCAUCAUUAGGUAAUUGAUCCUGGCAGCUUUAAUUAGUAGCUGGUUGGGAGGUGCAGCAGUUUGGAAGCAUUGUGUGAGGAGUUAAAGAGCUUCAGCUGAGACAUGAGGUGUAUUGUUACAUAUCAGUACAUUUGCAGGGCUGUGUGCCAGUAUGUUUGUCAGAUCUGACUGUCUCUAGGGGUUUACUAUUGAGCAAGCAAACUAUAAUAAGUUUAGGUGUAUAAAGUGUGUGCUGAAGUGAUGUAAAGUUCAAGCGAGACUGUAUACAGUUAAUAGUGUUGAUCUAUAGAAGGAAGUUUCCCAGAUGAUCUGAGUGAUUUGCCCUGGUUCAUUUUGACAUCACUCAAGCAACGUCCAUGAAUAUAUCUUUCCAGAUGUGGCUACAGCAAAGACUCAAAGUUUUUCCAGGACUCUUGUCCAGCAGCUGGGCACGUAGAGUAUUAGUAGUCUUGGGCUUCCUGUUAAUUAUAUACUGGUAUUUUAGUUCAGCGUCCAUGUUCAGAUCCUUAUGGUUUUCUGGAAAGUCAAGAGGUACUUCUGGCGCUUGUGUACAGUUACAGACUAAACAAUGGAAAAACCAUGCAGAGAGGGGCGAUAUAAUGAUGGUGUCCUCAUCAGUUGAGGAUGUAAAAUUACAAGGACCGUCAAUGGUCGGCAAUGGACAUGUUAUUCUGGAUGUUGGCAAAAACCAGCUCUGGGUGUCUUCUCUGACAGCACCAUUCCACAUGACUGAUUAUGCUCCUUUGACUUUAGUAAAGAGUACUGUUACAUCUGUUGAAUCUCAUGCCACUGCAGUUCUUUUGAGAGAGGGUUUGAUAAGGACUAUACGUUGCGUGCAAGUUGAUGUGUCCGAUUCUGUUCGUGAUUGUGUCACAAUUCGGGAAGAUUACUUUGCACACAGACGAAGGCCUCAUGUUUAUAUCCAGAGAAUCCACAUCUCAAACCCUCGUGACAAAAUUACAGCUUUUGAACUGUCUUCUCAGAAACUGUCAGCAGGAGUUAAGUUUUCCACCAGUGUGGAGAAGGUUCAAGACAGGCAAUUCCUCCUCUCCUCUGGAAAGGUCUCAAUUGAGGAUGGCAAAAGUUUACUACUUGUGAUUGCCACCAAAAAAUUGGUAACCAGAGUGCAAAUAAGUCCCAAAUCUGAAUAUGAUGAAACCAUACUUUCUGUAGUUUAUACAUCUGAACCCAUUGAUUCUGGAAAACUGGAUGAAACAUUUAGCAAGUUGCGAGAAACGGUUAAGAAAGAGAUGUUAGAAGUAAUGCACAUGAACACUGAAGAAUUGUUUCAUGAACAUCAGCAAGUCUGGGCUGACUUAUUUGUUUCAGGAAUUGAGAUGAAAAAGCUAAAGGGCUUGCAUACUCCUUCCAGUGAUACUAUUAAUAUGACGCUGUAUUAUAUGUUGUCUUGUACAUCAGCAACUUUAGUAGAUCCACUUCUAAGUAACGAUGAGCGUGAAAAAAUGGAGGCCACUCUGAAUUAUGCCGACCACUGUUCUAGUGGCCAUGAAACCAUGCAUGCAGAAAAUUUAUGGCCUAGCAGUCUAAAUGAGAUUCCACAGAUCUUAAAACUUUUUGACUUGUGGAAAUUGACUCUGCAAAAGAGAGGAUGCAAAAGCUUGGUGUUAGCUGGUGCCCAUGGGCUAAUGCAAGGUAUGAUGCUGAGCUUUGGAGGUCUGCAAUUUAACGAAAAUCAUCUCCAGUUCCAGUUAGACCCACAGGUCCUUGACAACAGCUAUACUUUACGAGGAAUACAUUAUAAUAAAGACCUGAUCAACUUAGCCGUGCUGCUGGAUCAAGAUGAUAAACCAUUUCUACAUGUUUCUGUGAAAUUUCAGGAUAAGGUAGUGAAAAUUUAUGCCUGCGAGGCGGGUUGUCUAAAUGAGCCUGUGGAACUUACCUCUGAAAUCCGAGGGCACACGUUCCCAGUUCUAGUGACCAAGCCGAUAACGCCCCUUCUUUACAUCUCAACUGAUUUAACGCACCUCCAGGAUUUGAGACACACUCUUCACCUGAAAGAAAUCUUAGCACACGAAGAACACAUGGCAAAGCAGUAUCCAGGCUUGCCAUUCUUGUUUUGGUUUAGUGUUGCAUCUCUUAUCAUCCUCUUCCACCUCUUCUUGUUUAAACUGAUCUACAAUGAGUACUGUGGGCCGGGCGCCAAGCCUCUCUUCAGGAGUAAGAUGCCUUUAUCCCCCGUCUGUGAUGAAGUAUGUAUGGCUGAUCCUUGACGAUGUUAAUGUCUGAGUGAGCACAUUCCCAGCACGAGGCUUCAAAUUCCAAACUCUAUGCAAGAAGCAGAAAGACAAUCCGCUUCCAGAAAAAACAACUUCAGGGUAUCCGUUUUCUGCCUGUGAUGAAGAGGAGCUGCCAAUCAAGAAUGGUGUUAUGGAUUCCAUUUAUAGAUACGAGUAGUUCAGUUGUGUGAUGAUUUUAUUACUACUAAUGUUAAAUGGUUAUUGUCAGAGUGUGUGACUAACAGUAAUAUUUAACUCAUUUACUUAAAGGGAUAUGAAACCCAAAAUGUCUUUCAUGAUUCAGAUAGAGGAUGUGAUUUUAUACAUCUUUCUAAUUUACUUCUAUUAUCGCAUUUUCUUCAUUAUAUGGCAGCAGUUUUGCAUUAAUGUUAUCCAUUUGCAAGAGUGCUAUUUCCUGCCAUUUAGUGCUACAGAUACCUAAGUAUCUCUUCAACACAGAAUAUCAAUAAAACAAAGCAAAUUUGAUAAUAGAAGUAAAUUUGAAACUUUUUAAAAAUGGUUUGUUCUGUCUGAAUCACAAAAGAAACAUUUUGGGUUUCAUAUCCCUUUAAAAACAUGUUGGCAGACUUUACAAAUACAUGUCUGACAAACUCUUGGUAUGGGCUGUAUACAGAUUGUUAGGGGGGAAUUGUGGGUACUUUUUUUGUUUUUUUUACUGAAUUUAGCAUCAUUGUCUCUUAAUCUUCCUUUGAAAUGACAGAUCUCAGAAGAUAUAGCCAGGACUUUGAGUCUGUCAGACCAAUUUAUUUGUAAAUAAAAUAAUAUAGAUGCUGUUAAAAUUAGGAAAAGCUAAAUUGUGUUCUUUUUUAAAAGGACAUUGUAGUGUUUUUAAAAUGUGAUUCUGGAUCCAUUAUAAUGUUAGCAUCUGCUAUGUAAUAUAGGGUGUUUAAUAAUUUUGUUAUCUCUUUGCAUUCUGGGAUCAGCUUCUUGUGGAUGCCAUCAAUGUCUGAACCACAGAGAAGCUGAUAGGUGCCUGCUGAUCAUGUGUUUGAUUGACAGAUGCAUGGUGUAUAAUCACCAAUCAUUUAACCACAUGCUCAGAGAUUGGUCCUGGGAUUGUGUUAAAGGGGCUAUUCUCAGAUUUAGGAUGCAACAGCUAGAAUUAACAUUGUUAAACACAGCACAAUAUGUAUUUAUUUGCUGACGUGCUAAACAUGUGGCUGCUCAUACAUAACUGAUGUUAAUAAACUUAAUUUUAAAUGACUUUUAAAAUAAACAUAACAAUGUGCUGAAAUUUUUAAUAUUUUUCUCAACUUUAAUGAAUAAUAAGAAUGUCUGAAUUGUUUUAUUUUAAUUUAUUUUGCUGAUAGUUGUGAAUUUCCUAAUAACAAUUAACAUAUAAUUAACAUUUUUCACAGACUGGUAGAUGUCAGAUAACUGUCCUAAAUUAUGAUAUGACUUCUGUUUUUAUCUAUUUUAAAUUGUUCUGUUUGAAUCUUGGCAAUUUGUUUGUUAAUUUGAGAGUGAUCAUGUUGUAGAUUAUUAAAGUUGUGUUUAAUUAAAUUUUACAAUUUAAAA